CAAUCUGCACCUCGUGAGGGGACUUUCCGGUCGUUGAGCAUGUGGCGCCAGCUUGGUCCAUGACGUGGCAAACCAGCUUCGAAUCAUUGUGUUUAAUUGAAAAGCAGGGGUCCAGGUGGUCUGUUGUAUAUGCCGAAGUAUAGCGAGUUCUACGAUUGGAUGAAGCCAGCAGCUCGGGUCGAAAGACGCUCAAUCGGUAAUCAGCCGCACCCAAUUGGUUCUAUACUUAGUUUCCUCCUCUUCCUCGCACUGUAGCUUCUGAGCUCUUGUUUUGGUUGUUGUCUUUCUCUUUGCAGCUUUUUUCAUCUUUCGCUGCAGCGCUCUAUCCAAUUGACAAUGGCUAGCAAACUCAAAACCCUCAUUGGGACUAUCAAGCGGAAGCCGUCCCAGGCACCGGAUGGUAAAUCGGACCAAGAAGCCUCUGGAGAAGUUGAAACGAAGAAAACAUCCCUGGGCCACGAUCUCACCCACCUCAAUGGCACACAAGCAAAGACGGUUGCACAUGCCAUCACCACACUCGCGUCAGGAAAGCCUCUGGAUGAUAAGGAACUUCUGCUUGAAAAUGGAGUCUCGAUGCUUCAAUCCCUAUCGCCCAGCAGCGCUCUGAGCAAAACCAUCUCGGAUGGCUUCAUUAGCAUGUUGUGGCAUGAUCUGCCCCAUCCACCACCCACUAUGACGGGGCCAUCCUCACGGUACCGUCAGCAUGAUGGAAGCGGAAAUAACCCUUGGGUUCCUGGCAUGGGACGUGCGGGAUCAGCCUAUGCGAGAAAUGUUCCGGCGACGAAAGCUAAGGGCCCAAACCUACCGGACCCAGAGCUUGUCUAUGAUCAACUCCUUCGCCGAAACGGACCAUUCAAGCCUCACCCAUCUGGUCUGAACCGCAUGUUCUUCUCUUUUGCGACAAUUGUCAUUCAUGAGUGUUUCCAAACAUCGCGCAAAGAUCCCUGGAUCAACAAUACUUCCAGCUAUGUGGAUCUAAGCACCCUCUACGGCAAUACUGAGAAGGAGCAAGUUCGCGUGAGAACAUAUGAGAAUGGCCGACUCUACCCUGAUUCCAUCGCCUCGGAGAGAAUCAUGAUGAUGCCUCCGGGUGUUACUGCACUGCUAAUUAUGUUUUCUCGCAACCAUAAUCACAUUGCGGAGGAUCUCUUCUCUGUGAAUGAGGACGGACGCUACAAGCCUUGGGAUACCCUUGAUGAGGCUCAGAAGAAAUGGCAAGAUGAGGAUAUUUUCCAGUUAUCCCGAAACAUCAAUGUCGGCUUCUUUGCUUCUGUAGUACUAAAGGACUAUGUGGCGGCCAUCCUCAACACACCACGCGCCAACUCAACAUGGACCUUGGACCUCGGAGCCGAGAUUAAAAAGUCUGGACAGAGAGUAGAAAGAGGCACUGGCAACGUUGUCUCUGUCGAAUUUGCAGUCUUGUACCACUGGCACGCUGCUCUGAGCGCGGCUGACGACAAGUGGAUGGAAGGCUGGUUAAAGAGGAAUCUACCAGACAUCACAUCCACUGACGAAAUUAAUGCUGAUCUCUUUGCCAAGGUUACCAUGGCAGAGGGUCAUAAACUGAUGGCAACUGAGCCUAGGAACUGGACCUUUGGCGGAAUAGAGCGUGGCCCUGACGGAGCCUUCUCUGAUGUCGAUCUUGCUGAGAUUCUCAAAGACUGUAUCGAAGAGCCUGCGCACGCCUUUGGUGCUCAUGGGACGCCUGAGAGUCUGAGAAUUAUUGACAUUAUGGGCCAGCUUCAAGCCCGAAAUGUCUUCAAUGUUUGCACCAUGAACGAAUUCCGUCGAUACCUUAAUCUCCGACCCUACAAGACCUUCGAGGAAUGGAACCCAGACAAGGAAACUGCUAGAGCAGCAGAGCUUCUGUAUGGGCACAUUGACAACUUAGAGCUUUACCCAGGCCUUAUGGCAGAGGUUACCAAGCCUGCCAUGCCAGGCAGCGGUGUCUGCCCAGGCCAGACUACCGGCAGAGGUAUUCUUGAUGAUGCCGUUUCGCUAGUCCGAGGAGACCGUUUCCUUAGUUACGACUUCAACAGCAACACACUUACCAACUGGGGCUUUGCGAAACUUCAUGUUCUUCCAGGCGGUGCGUACGGCGGAAUACUGCCGAGCAUCCUUUUCAAUGGUCUCCCUGGCUCGUGGACAGGCACAUCCUCUUAUGUGCUUCUACCAUUUUACACACCCACCGCAGCCAAGGAAAUCUUGACCAAGAACAAGGUCGUGGCAAAAUAUGAUCUCAAGAGGCCACCCAGCGACAGGCAAGUGGUCGGCAUUCACACGCAAGAAGGAUGUAAGAAAGUUUUUGAAGAUCGCGAAAACUUCAAAGUCAUGUAUCAAAAGGCUAUCCGCGAAUGCACUGACGGCCAUGACUUUAUGAUUGGCUGGGACGACGCAGAGCGACACGACCCUCGAUCUAAGAUUCUGCACAGCGUCUUUUUCGAAGAAGGCUUCGAGGCCAACCUUACCAAGUUCUUCCGCACGCACGUUGCAAAGCAGAUCAAGGAGCAUUCUCUCGCAUAUUCAAAGAGCACCCGGAGGUCGAUCGACAUCGUUCGCGAUGUUACCAAUGUCGUUCCUAUGCUCUGGCUCGCCGACCGCUUUGCGCUUCCCCUCAAGACGGCAGCUACGCCUCAUGGUCUGUUAACCGUGCCGCAAGCCUUCCAGGCCUAUCUCGUUCUAUUCAUGUACCAGAGUUUCAAUAUCAUCCCAGGAAAUGAGUGGAUCUUGCGCGAAGGCUCUGCUACAGCCGCGUCUGUUCUUCGAACCGUGUUCUCCACACACCUGAAGACACAGCGUGGUGUCAAGGAGCGCGUUGUAGACUGGUUUGCCAAGGGGAGCGCGUUUGAAGUUAGCCCGGAUGCCGAUAGACUCUACCAUGCGCUCAAUGCAACCAAACUUCCCAUUGGUGACCUCGUUGGCGAUUGCAUUGGUAUGGGCGCGCCCGUGGCUGGCAACCUCACGCAGCAAGCCUCGCUUCUGAUUGAUCUAUACCUUAGCGAGGGCUACGAAGAGUAUAAGAAUCGCAUCAUUGAGCUGGUACAUAAGGACGAUGACGCAUCGGAGCGAGAACUUCAGGGUUUCGUCUUUGAAGGUAUUCGACAUGCGGGCGUCGUUCCUGGGCUUCCUCGUGUUGCUGCAAAGGACGUUACAGUUGUGGACGGCGCGCGGGGCCCUGUUGAGAUCAAGGCGGGCCAUACGAUCCUCAUUGCAACAUCGUCGGCGGCGAUGGAUCCCGUGGCGUUCCCAGAACCCGAAAAGAUCAAUCCUCAUCGCCCUUUCUCGUCGUACAUCUUGCUUGGCCACGGCCUUCACUUCUGUUUCGGAGCCCGAAUGGUUGGCGCCUCACUUGCUGCUACACUUCGUGAAGUGUUUAAGCUUAAGAAUCUGCGCCGUGCAAAUGGCAGACUGGGCCGAUUUACUGUUGUUGGCCACGAGUUUGCUGGUGUAAGAAUGCGAAAGUAUCUGGAUGCAAAUGCAAAGGAGUCGCCGAUUCCUACUACUUUGACUUUAGAGUAUGAUGCGGACGAGUAAUAGCGAUGCAGUUGACGUUGGCUUAGUUUUAAAUCUAUUUAUAAUUUUCUUGGAUUAAUACAGAAUUAUCGUUGCCCUGUGGCUGUCUAGGCGCAAACACCAGCGACAUUGUGUAGACUCCUGCCAUUGCGAAGCUGACCAGCCAUUGCAUGUAGCCAAGUACGUUGUAGACAAUAUGUAUUACGUUUUAUUACAGU